GCGGCGCCACUUCCGCUUCCGGUGGCUGCCGUCGCGGGGAUGCGGCGGGGUCCGGUGCCGGUGGUGGCGUUCGUGCUGGCGCUGGGCGCGGCGGCGCGAGGCGGUGGUUCCGGGCCCGUGACGUGCGGUUCGGUGGUGAAGUUGCUCAACGUGCGGCACAACGUGCGGCUGCACUCCCACGAUGUGCGCUACGGCUCCGGCAGCGGGCAGCAGUCGGUGACGGGGGUGUCGGCGGCGGAUGAUGGGAACAGCUACUGGAGGGUGCGAGGCCGUACGGCCGCUGUGUGCGAGCGGGGCCGGCCGGUGCGCUGCGGGCAGGCCAUCCGCCUCACGCACCUGGGCACCGGCCGCAACCUGCACAGCCACCACUUCGUUUCCCCGCUCUCCGGCAACCAGGAGGUGAGCGCCUUUGGGGAGGACGGUGAGGGCGACUACCUGGACGAUUGGACAGUGCUGUGCAGCGGGACCUACUGGGCACGGGACGGUGAGGUGCGCUUCCAGCACGCCUCCACCGAUGUCUUCCUCUCAGUGACGGGCGAGCAGUAUGGGCGGCCCAUCAACGGGCAGAAGGAGGUGCACGGCAUGGCCGCCUCCAGCCAGAAUAACUACUGGAAGGUGAUGGAGGGCAUCUUCAUGCAGCCCGGAGAGGUCUUCAAAGCGGAGCAGCACCACACCGAGUUGUGACAGAUGGACUGAUGCGGUCGGGGCUGCUCAGCGCGGGGUUGGCCCCUGUGCACACGCGGUUGUGACGCGCACUGGGAAGUGGAGCCCAACAUCCUGAAUCCAACACAAAGCUGAUCUUGGUGUGCUGAAUUUGACACAAAGUGGAACUUGGUGCUUGGGAUCCAAUGCAAAGCAGAUCCCAAAUACAACAUAAAGCUGAUCCCAGAAUUUCAAAUCCAA